AUGAGCGGAGUUCAGACAAGCCAUCAGUUUGCAGCCGCUGCGACUUCCCAAAUCGCCAACCUUCACAGGGAUGAUUGCAAGCUGGAAGUUCGUCAGCAACCCAGCAAUGCUCGAGUUGCAGUUGGUAAAGAGAAAGAUCGCAAGCCAGUCGAUCCGCCUCCCAUCGUCCAGUUGAAGAUUCCUCAUCAGAUCGAUCCCCACCAAAACUUCCUGCAGAGUCCAUACUUCUUCCUCUCGUGCUGCCUUGUUAAUGAUUCACCAAAUCAGCACAGCCAAGGGACCCUUGGAACCGCUCUUGCAGGCACUCUUGUAUCCUCUCUCCAUCGUCUCAAAGACAACAGCAAUUCUGAUGGCGCCUUCUUCGUCUUUGGCGAUCUCUCAGUCAAGGUCGAGGGCCAAUUUCGUCUCCAAUUCAACCUCUACCAAAUGCGAGAUGAGCAUUGCUACCACAUCGCAACGGUUACCUCCGAUUCUUUCACAGUUCACUCAGCAAAGAACUUCACAGGUAUGGCCGAGUCGACCUUCUUGACACGAACUUUCAGCGAUCAAGGUGUGCGAUUACGCCUGCGCAAGGAACCUCGAACUCUUCUGCGAAAACGUGGACCAGCCGACGACAACUACCAACCGAGAACGUACAAUAAGAACUCCAAUCGGAACCAGAACAACGACGUGGAACGACAGCCUGUGACGAGCCCUGAUUCCCAAGAUUCCACGAGUCAGGGUCAGAACGAAGGAGUAGAUUCGAUGACAGCACACUCAGCCGCUUUCGAACACCGACCAUCAAUGGGUCGUCAUUACUCUGAGCAGUCUCCUACAGUCUAUGCUGGUACCGGCAGUUAUGAAGAGUCCACAAAACGACCUCGAACUGCAUCCGACCACGGUCAAACUCCUUCCUUUAAUCACCAAACUCAAAUUGGUGAUGCUUCACACUACGGUGGUCGUACUUAUUCGGAUCCCCAACCAAGCUACGGCUCUUAUGGUGCGCAAAUCACUCAACCCUCGACGUAUGGCACAUAUACAAGCCCUGGUGGCUUCACUUCCCCCAUUCAAGGAAGAGAUCCAUACAACCGAGACUUUAGUUUCGCCGCUCCAAAACUCAACACCCAAUUGAGCACAUUGUCUCCCUAUGAGAAUCAAAGAUCACCUAAUACAGCGUACUUCCAACAAACCUACGCGCCGGUAGUGCCACAAUCGCCAUAUUCAACAUCCAUGCUACCAACAACAGUAGGACAGCGCAUGCAACAUGCACAAACUGCUAUUGCAGAUUUGGGAAUAGGCAGGAUGUCACAGUCUCCGAUGACUCUGCAAGGAGUAAACUCAAUGGCACCUCCGGCUGGCGGUAGAAUGGGGUACCCAGUUGGAUCGAUACCAAGACGGGACUCCGCAUCUUAUGCCAACUAUCCGGAUAUCAAUCAGAACAUGUCUCUUGGCGGCACUGCGAGUUUUCCUGUCCGAUCGGGACCUCCUUCUUCGGGUGGUUUCAUCGAUCGAUAG